CAGAUUGGUCACGUGAGUGAAAGUGGUACGUGUCAUAUUCGCUCACGCGGCUAUCGUGACGUGUCCCUCGCCUAUUGGGUGCGUAAUUGUGACCGUGGCACUGCCUUCGCAAUAUUCCACCUUAGGUCCCUUCACCAUUCUGAUUUUGCCAGCUGUCGUAUCGGAGCGCUCCCAACACUCCGGCCAUCAUGCCGGAGCGUCGGUUGUAUGUGAAUGAUGUCGUAUAUGGGUCCCAAUGGGAGAUUUCUUGAGUUAGUGUCUAUCCAUUAUUAAUUAGGGUGCUGUUGCUGCAAGUGAAAUCACCAGCACAACUGCCAAGAGGUCACGAAGAAAGAAGGUAGGUUCUACACUUCUCUAGGGAUGAAAAGUUCUAUAGUGGUCAAAUGUGGAAUAAUUCCUCAUGCAUAUGUUUUUGACUUGGUGGCUUCAAGGGUCAUUUUUUUCUGUGUAUCUGAGAAAAUGGGAUGGUGAUGGUUUGGUGUUUUGAGAUUGGUUUUUAGGGUACCGAUCUUCACCGGGGGGGGCUCUUUAUUUGUUUUAAUCUGGAAAAGUUUUGUGUUGUCUCUUUACAGACGUUUGCUGAACUUAAAGAGGAGGAGUGUUUGCUUUUGAAGGAAAGAAUUACUUUGAAAAAGGAGAUAGCAACAAUGCGUGCUACCUUUAAAGAACACAGAGCCACAAAUGAGAAGUUAAAAAGGAUCAAGCUUGAUUUGAACUUGCACACUGCUAAUGAACGUGACGACGCAACUUCUAGCCAGCAUCACCAGAGAGUUGCCUCUUCUUGUCCACUUGAUGAUAAGUCAGGUUCUGAUUCUUGCAAGGAUGACAAGGCUGUUUCUAAUGAGGGUAGUUGUUCUUUUGUAUUGCCUGAUCUAAACAUGAUGCCUUGCGAGGAUGAUUCUGGCGCCGAGACCUUGUAUGGGACAAGUUGACUGACUGGGAUCCUUGGUUUGAUUGGUUAUGUUCUCACGGCCAGACUGCCUUAAUUACUUACUGGAGCAAAAUGUCCCAUUUUAAGGAGCCAUUAGCCUGGUACAAUAACUGAAAUGACAGAUUAACUGACCACAUUUACAAACUCAAAGAGGGGCAGAUAUAGUUAACAGCCAAUGGAGAAGAAGGCAUUAAGGGUAGUGUAGAAAUCCUAGCCGGUAGAUUGUAGAGGAUCUGGUCAUCCCACCUGUGAAAUUCUCUUGGGUAAACCCUCAUUACUUCUUGUUUCGUAACUUUUAUGUAAAAAUGAUUUUGAUUCUUUGUAGUUAUAAAUAGCUGUGGACUCUGUUAAGGCUUCUUGAAACAAAUUUCACAAUUUUGUUGUUACCGUAUGGGCACAUCCUUUUUCCUCUACUAGUGGUUAGGAACUUUCAGAAAGCAAUUUCUGGGCUGAACUUUGGAUAUUUUCAUUAUAAUCUCUCUUCCUAUUAAAAAUUAAAUGUUUCU